AUGCCAGAUGCGCAAAGUCGGCGGCGCGUGCUGAUCGCGGCGUAUCUGCUGCCGAAAACCAUCGAGUUCCAGUCUAACGAGGCACACGAGGCAGAUGAAAGUGCCAUCGAGCGGACGUACUCACCGCCCACCCAGCAUGGCACGUCCUAUACCGAGCAGCUCGCGCACCAGCUCACCUCGUCCCUCAUGGAGGCGAUCGACAAAGAACAAGCACGCUCGCGUGUACUCGCCGGUCGGCCUGGACGCGUAUCGACCACCAUGUCGUCGUCACCACGGCAAGCGCUCUCGGCGCCGCGAGACCGAGUGAACAUGGCCGAGCUGAUGGCCGAUGCCGCGGCCGGCACGAAGCCAUCCUACCUACAGCGAUCUUCCUCCUCGAUCACCUCGUAUGAAGUGGAUAUGGAACAAAGACACUCGGACAACGCGCCGCAGGCGGUAAAAAGUUCGCUCUCCGAUCACGGCCGUCGCGCGAGUGCACAGGGCGAGCUGGGCACCUCGCAAGCUACGCCACCGCGAUCCAUGCCCCCGCCCGUAUCUUCCGCCUCCUCUACCUCCCCCUUACCGAUACCGAUCAGCAUUAUAUCCGAUCUAGAGGCCAAGAGCCAUCAAGGCACAGCUACGGCACCCACGCCGAAAGAGAAUCCGUACGGACUCGGCUCCAGCACACCCGUCCCGCCCGUUCGAUCCUCGGCCGCGACAUCGAGCACGACGCCACGGCUCAUGGAGCACCCUCACCUCGCGCCUGGCUGGACGGACGGGAUCGAGGCGAUCCACACCUCCUCGGCGCCGAAUGCCGCCCCACGACCAAGAGGGCCCACACCUGCCUCGACGGAAGGAGCUGUGCGCGAUGAAGAGAGACGGACCAGCACCGUGUGGCGCUUCAACAUCGCACGGCCAGCGCUUCGAUCGCGCAGCAAGCGAUUCUCAUCAUCACAGCAAAGGAUCCCUUUCGAGUUCCUGCCGAAUCCAGGUGCGAAUCACGGCCUCUUCAAUGCCGUCAACAGUGCCGGCACGCAGGUCGCGAGCAGGUCAGUCUAUGUCGGCACGCUCGGUAUCGAGAUGGACUGGCUUUCCACGCACAUGCGCGCCGAGAUCGAUGCGAAAGCGAUGGACCAGCACAAAUGCGUGCCGGUGUGGCUGAAGGACGACGAGUAUGUCCACUGCUACCAUCACUAUUGCAAGCAAAUUUUGUGGCCCGCCUUCCACUAUACGCAGCCGAGUGCGCAGGCGCUCGAGACCGAGCAUGAUGCGUUUCACGCCUACGUCAAAGUGAACCAAAGCUUUGCGGAUCGCAUCGUGGCCGAGUACCGCGAAGGCGACGUGAUCUGGAUUCAUGACUACCACCUCCUUCUGGUGCCGGCCAUGGUCCGUGCCGUGCUGCCUCGUGCACCGAUCGGGCUGUUUGUGCACAUUGCCUUCCCGUCCAGCGAGAUUUUCCGGUGCCUCAGCCGGCGCGAGGAGUUGCUUCGUGGCAUGCUCGGCGCGGAUCUGAUUGGAUUCCAGACGCACAACUUCUUCCAGCAUUUCCGCCAGACGGUCAGUCGCAUAUUGCAGCUGCCCACGACAUCGCGCGGCAUCGUCCUGCAGCGCUCGUUUGUCACAGUGGCACCUUUUCCCAUCGGCAUUGACGUCCGCGUGCUCAAUCAGCGCCGCCAGCAUCCCGACGUGCGCGAAUGGGUCGCGAAGCUCAAGGAGCGCUUUGCAGGGAUGCGCGUGAUUGUCGGGCGCGACAAGCUGGACUGGAUCAAGGGCGUGCGCGAAAAGCUCCUGGCCUUUGAGCUCUUCCUGGACCAGCACCCUGAGUGGGUGGGGCGUGUCGUCCUGGUCCAAGUGGCGCUCGCGACGGUCCAGGAGAACCACGAAGUCGGCGACGUGAGCGAUAUCGUGUCGCGCAUCAACCGCAAGCACAGCAGCUUGACGUAUCAGCCCGUGGUCUUCUUACAUGUCAACGAAAUCACCUUCAGCCAGUACCUGGCCCUCCUCACCAUGGCCGACGCCUUUGUGGCCACGUCGCUGAGAGAAGGUAUGAACCUCACGUCGCAUGAGUAUGUGAUUGCGCAGGAGGAGCGCAAACGCCCGCUCAUCCUCUCUGAAUUCACCGGCGCAUACUCCGCGCUGCGGGCCUGUAUUGGCAUCAACCCGUUCCAUGCCCAGCAAGUCGCCCAGGCCAUCGAGCGCGCAUUGACGAUGGAUGAAGACGAGAUGGCCCAGCGCUGGACGGAUCUGCACCGCACGGUGGUGUCCCAGACGGCGGAGCACUGGGUGCUGUCCGUGCUCAGCCAACUGGAACGCGCGCAUCUCAGUCAGCCGUCGCCCAACACCAUGUUCACGCCGCGCCUGGAAAUUGGGCAAAUGCAAGCCGAAUGGCGCGUCGCUGGGACGCGCCUCGUUCUGCUCUCGCUCGAGCACACACUCGUAUGGGAAGAUGCGAAGCAGCUCCACGAGCAUGGAUUUGAGCCACCGGCCGAGCUCGUCGGUGUGCUGCGUCGUCUCACGGCCGAUCCACGCAACUAUGUCUAUGUGCUGAGCCGCAAGAGCACCACGGAUCUCGAUCAGCUCGCACGCGCCGUGCCGGCGCUAGGCAUCAUCGCAGAGAACGGGUGCUAUGCCCAGCACUGUACACGCGCACCAGACGGUGCAUGUGAAUGGAUCUCGCUGGUCGACGGCAUUGACAUGAAGUGGCGGGAACCUGUCCGGAACAUUCUCGACUACUUUACCGAGCGCACGCCCGGCGCCUGGAUUGAGGAGCGCAGCACGACGAUCACAUGGUACUUCUGCGAGGGCACGACGAAUCAGCAGGAUGUGGCGUGGGCGCGGCGACAGGCAAGCGAGGUGCAAAGUCUCAUUACCGACUCGCUGGGCGAGCGCUUCUCGCUGCGCAUGAUCAACGAAAACACACACUUUGUCAUCAUGCCCAAGAAUGUGGGCUUCACACCAGCCGUGCAGUAUAUGCUCGCCCUCGAUAACAUGGGAUCGCUGCCGGUGCGACAGGGCACGCCAGGCAAGGCCUUGUUCGAGUUUGUGCUGUACAUUGGACACGACGAAAAGCUCCUUUCGCACUUGAAUCAUGUCGACUUGCCCUUUGCGCCGCGCACCUGCACGACCGCCAGGCCUGAUACGAUCGCUGGAUCGAUUGCAUCGUGCCAGCUCGAGCCGGGCAAGCAGGUGCUGGAUGCCCUCGAGGAGAUCGUCGACGUGCAUCUGCGCGACCUCAAAUGGGGCGGUCCGGCUAUGAUGGACGUGUAG